AUGGACACCGGCUCAUCAGCCGCUCAGGCUCUCCGUGAGUCCUUCGGCGAUCGCAAGCCCAUCGAUAUCAGCCGCAAAAUCACCGCCUGCGUCGCUUGCCGGAAACAAAAGAUCAAAUGCCACAUGACCGAUGCCACACCACCCUGUACGCGUUGUAAAAAGCGGGGACUAUCUUGCGUGGUCAAUCGAAGUCUACAGAUGUUACUCGAAAGCGAUGUUGCAUGGAAGGCCAAUGUCGACGAGAAGCUUCGCAUGCUGGAAGAAUCCAUCAACAGACUGAACCAACAACGAUCCGAUACAUUCCAUGUUCCAAAUUCGUCUGCUUGCAACCGUGAGGGGCACACUGCCCAUAUUCCAGGUUCCGCACAAGACACCUCAGCUACGGGAUUCGCCGGGCCAAGUCAAUCUUCGUUCUCUUAUCAAGAAAUCUCUCCUCAAAUACAAGGUCCAACACAAAAGACCCCAACUACAGAAUCGCCGCCGCCGCAGAAUGAGCAGGGUCCAGGCUGGGAAGUUGUGAUGGACCUCAAUAGAGGACCAGGUAUUGUUCCAGCAUCCUGUGUGUCUGAAGUAUCCGAUUCGUCGCCAGCCACAACUCGUCAAAACUUGGCAGAAGACUUCGAUCUUGUAGAUCGCGGUAUCGUCACCAUCCAAGACGCGGAAACGUUUUUCAGUCUGUAUUACCGACGUCUCGACCACUUCCUCUACCGGAUCCUCGCCGAGCACGAUUCACUAUCCAGUGUACGAAAAAGCUCGCCUCUCUUGACCGCCGCCAUCUGUGCCGUGGGGGCUCUUCACACUCCUUCAAACAAAUAUCAAGCGUGCUACCAACAUUUUGUAGACCUUGCUUCCUCCAAGAUGUUUUCCAAAAGAAAUACUCACGAUGAUGUGAGAGCUCUUUGUAUCGGCGCAUUUUGGUUGAGCGAUAUAUCAUGGACACUCGUUGCCGCCCGCCUAGCAGGUGAACUAAAUCUUCAUCGAUGCAUCCCCAAAGCUCCUCACACCAAGAAGGCGUGUUAUUUACGUACUCGUCUCUACUAUCACGUUUAUGUCUGCGAUCACCAUUUCUCCAUUGCCUACGGCAGGCCGCCAUUGACGAGAGAUUUCAGCGCCAUCACUCCCCUCAGUGAGUUCCUCAAGUCCGAGUUCGCGACUGAGGACGACGCUAGACUAGUGAGCCAGGUGGAAAUCUGGUCGAUCAGCAAUCGUGUUUUUGAUCAAUUCAGCUUGGACCCUGAGGCUCAUCUAUCAGAUCAACUACUCCCUCAACUUCGGCGACUCGGUAUUGCAUUGGACACCUGGCGCGCGGACUGGAAUGAGCGCUUUCACGUCAACGAAUGCGUGGGCAACUAUCCUCGCAAAGGAGUCGGCCUUCAUUACCACUUCGCCAAAUUGUUUUUAUGUUCGCACGUGUUUAGAAGAGCUCCUCCUGCAGAAGGCGAGCACUCACAGCUCGAGCCAGACCUCGAAGAAUUUGCUGCCGUGGCGAUUCAUGCCGCCACGUCGAUUCUGCAAGUGACCGUGGUCGAUCAUGAAAUCCAGUCCUACUUACAUGGGCUUCCGGCAUACUUUGAUACCAUGAUCGCUUUUGCCUUUGUUUUCCUUUUGAAGGUCAUUCUCAAAAACCCGGCCAAUCUGAGAAUCGACAAGGCUGGGAUAUCUGAAACUUUGGACAGGUUGGCCGCGACAUUGAAGAGCAUAACAGCCAACAUGCAUCCCCGGCAUUUACUGACCAGCAUUGCAAGUAGCAUGCGAAAGCUCUUGGAUCGUUUCUUGCACGGUGCUCCCCAAGAAGCAGGACAAUUAACCCCGCCGUCAGCUCCCAUGGGUCCGCCAACGUCUUUCGAUGUCAACAACCGUUGGCUCAGUCCCACCGAUGCCAUGUUUCUGGAACAUUAUGAUUUCUUGUAUUCUCCAGGUGCAGACUUCAAUUUCGACAUUGACUUUGGAUCGAUGCAUCCAGAAUAA